AUGAACACCUUCAACAUUAUAUUUCUGCACAGCACCCUGUAUUUGCUCGCAAGUUCGGCGCCGCUUCCAGAGUAUUCCGGGGAGCUUGGACUUUUCAUGGAGGACCCAGAGUUUCACAGAGCCAUGGAGCGCAGCAAGAGUCUGGUCAACAAGCUCCUGAGCGAAAUACCCGCAGUGCACAAGUCAUGCGUCAGUUCAGAGGCCUUGACCCUUGACCCAUCUGGCGACCAGAAGAACCUUCAGUACAUGGUGACGUCCCUGGGCAUCCCCCCUGCUCCCGUUCUUAGGGCCCUGUCUGCUGACUUCACCAUGGAAAUGUGCCUGAACCGCAUGUCCGAGGGGCUGCAUCUGUACCAGAACCUGCUGAGCGUGGUCCAUGACCGCAUUUCCACCCCAGAGAAGGUGACCGAGCUCCUGGCUGAUAUCAGGGACUUGCUGGCUCAGGUGCAAAAGAUGCGAGAACUGGGCCAGCUGGAGAGCGGAGUUCAGUACGGAGGCUCUGGCCUGGGCGCCCGCCUCACUGGCGAUUACGAGGUGCAGGUGGCCACGCACGUCACCCUCACGCACCUGCGAGCCUUCGCCCAGGACCUGUUCCGCAGCCUGCGCAACGUGGCCCGCUCCAAGCCUGGCCUGAGGGGCUGA